ACUGGAUGUCGAAAUCUGUAAUCUAACAACUGCCUCGGGCAGAGGAAGAGAGGAGCUCCUGCUAUAAUACCACCUCCAUAGUACGCUAUCGAGUGUUCAAACCACAAUCCUGCCGCGUCAUGUCAUCCGCCUCCCCGAGGAAUACUGGAGCUCCGGAAUCUGCUGCGUGGUCCGAGCAGGCUCCAUCUGUUGCAGGUCCUGACCAACAAACCGGACGGGAAGAGUCAGCAUCUAAACGACGCCGUAUCGCUAUUGCGUGCACCUCAUGCCGCCACCGCAAAUCCAGGUGCGACGGGACUCGGCCAUCGUGUCGCUUCUGCGCUGAACUAGGCAUUCAGUGUGUCUACAAACAGCCCGCAAGGAGUAGCCAAGCAAAACCACCAAAUGGGUACGACGAGCGUCUAAAGGCUAUUGAAUCUACCCUCCAACAACUGGUGCAGCACCAGGAGCAAAACUCCCAAGCGCGGCUAUCAUCUGGACCCCGCAGCAUGGGCACAGCAACACAAGACUCUCCUUCCGAGGAAUUCACCUUGCUCGACGACGGCGAAGUGCAGGUUCACAACAUGACGGAUGACACUGUAGACGGCCUCGCAGCCGUCAAUAACGGUCAAGUUGAUGCGCGCUUCUUUGGCCCAUCUUCCAACAUCUCGUUCCUGCAGUCCAUUUCACGAGCCACCUCCGCUGUCAUGGACACUGUCGGAUUUCCCCAGCGAUCCAACCGGGCUGGGACACAAGAGCCUGUGUCCCGUCUGCAAUCACCUGAUGCUUCAACCGCGACUUUGGCCCAAUUCGACGCAGCCUCCAUGAGCGCUUUGGUGCUUCCCCCCGAGUGCCGAGCUGUGCACUUGAUGAAACUUUACUUCUCCGACACUGGGACUAUGUUUCCCUUCAUCAGCGAAAGAAAAGUCCUGGCAUCAUAUUACGCCUUCAAACGCAAGCAAUUCUCUGGCGUAAGCAGAUCCUGGCUAACCCUCUUCAAUGCCAUCUUUGCCUUCGCGACAUAUAUUAGCGCAAAGCCCGAACAGGCAGUCCCGAAGAACGCUGCCGAAUCCGAUAUUUUCUUCGGCCGGGCCCUGACGCUGUGCAACAAUAACAGUCAACAGUCAAGUGAUAUUGAAACAGUGCAAUAUCUUCUCCUGCUAAGCCAGUACUGCCAAGGCACUCAACGCCCUGAAGAAACGUGGACUCUACAUGGCCUUGCAGUGCUGGCAGCAAUACGACUCGGUCUACACUCAGCCUCAAGGAUGAAUCAAUUUCAAGGCUCAGAAAGAGAAGUCCGAAAGCGACUCUGGUUUGGCUGCUUCAUCAUGGAUAGAACUCUCAGCAUGACACUGGGACGGCCACCUAUGAUUCAAGACGAACAAAUAAAUCUUGAACUUCCGCUCGAUGCUGGCUUAGAUACGCCUUCUCAGGAUAACGGCCAUGUCGGCGACUACAACGAGGCUGGCCAACCAAACACUGCAUCCUUCUUCAUUGCGACAAUAACCCUAUACAAAAUCCUGGGCUCGGUUGUUGCCAAAUUAUAUGGACAGAACCUGGACGAAGAAAUCACUCAACAGACGUCCGUCCUGAUGCAGGAUAUCCUAAUAAUCGAGGAGAAGCUGUGCGGUUGGAAGAGAAGUCUACCGGAGAAGCUGCUGCUACGCCCUUGGGAGAAUCAAGAGGCGAGCAAAUGGUCUUGCCCGCCGUAUCACCCGAUAUUUGCCCGCCUCAGUGUGGUCGCCCAGCUGCGAUACCUCAACGUAAGGAUCCUGCUCCACCGUCCAAUCCUCAACCGUCUUCUUCAAAGGGGGCAACUCCCUCUUGGGCCAGAUUCAGUCGAAAAUACAUCAGACUUUGCCGACGAGAUGUCCAAGUCAAGCGUCACCACCUGCCAGGACUCUGCAAUGGAGAUCAUUGACAUCGUUCACCGAGUGAGCAGGUCGACGACUCUUCUCGGUGCUUGGUGGUUUUCUAUCUAUUAUACAUUCAAUGCAGCCCUUGUCAUCUAUAGCUGUCUUCUUCUACUGCUAGUUCCUCAGAACACGUCUUCUGCCACAACGACCCACAACCGAGAAGACCUCGACCUUGUUUCUGAGUUGGCCAAUAAACUACGGCUGGCAAUUGAAGCAACGGAACGGAUUGGCAAUGGUGCACAGACCGCCAAACGAGUUCUGAGGAUACUGGCGAAGCUCGUCAGAACCUGUACAAUCAUAAUAGGCCAGUCUGACCUUGAAAACGGCGCUCUGGUCUCGGCUGCGCUUUCCGGGAGAACUACGACCAACCCUACGGGAGCAGAAACCCCCGCUGGAGAGGUUGAAGGUUUGAUCUUCGAGGCGUCGUUCAAUGGAGACGUCCCCAUUCCACCAGCAUCACGUAACAUAUUUGACCCCUUGGAGGACAUGUCUCAGCCCUGGACAUCUGCAGACCUUGAAGGCUUUGGUGACCUGAGCGGAUUUGAUCCGUGGUUAGUCAGUUUGAUGACUGUUUGAAAGAGCCAGCAAUCGGUCAAGACAGAUGGAGGGACCGCAGCACAAGACAGGUGCCUGCAGUUGCAUGAAAACGCCUGGAACUCCAUCGCACCCAACCCAAAGUUUCAACUGCCAGUUCCGCCGAAUAUGGAGCAGCAAGACCGAAACCAGUUCCCGACUGUAUGAUAGGGUGUAUUAUAGACCAUGGGGCUUUACGGCAGUGAUGAAAGGGGAGUCGAGACACAACUAGCUGAAGAAGAUCCGGAAUCAAUAGAGUCACUUCUCGCGCCCACCUGCCUAAUUACCUAACAGUUAUCUCACUACGGC